AGGCCCCUACACAGCCUGUCAUCACUGGACCCCUUCCUGCCAACAAGAUCACCUGCGACGUGCAAAAGCAGUCCACAGACGACGCCAUGCGGAAGAAGAUUGUUGUGGUCGAGGAAGUGAUUGAAGUGCAACAGAUUGCCAGUCCUGUUGCGGGAGAACCUGCCAAACCCGCACUGACAGAGGUUGCAGGAGAUGAUUUGGACUAUGAUGUCUUGGAAGAACUGGCCAUAGAGCGUGGCCUCCUGUCGGAUGAAGAGACUUGGGAUCAUUCACUACAAGAGCCAGAAGGCAAAGUCUUCCCCAACUUCAUUGAAGAUGAACGGGACAGAGUGCAGAAGAAGACUUUCACAAAAUGGGUGAACAAACACUUGAUAAAGACUCAGCGUCAUGUGAAUGACCUGUACGAAGAUCUCCGAGAUGGACACAACCUGAUCUCCCUUCUGGAGGUCCUCUCCGGGGAGACGCUGACGAGGGAGAGGGACGUUGUGCGGAGCGUACGGUUGCCUCGUGAGAGAGGACGCAUGCGAUUCCAUAAACUGCAGAAUGUGCAGAUAGCACUGGAUUUCCUCAGACGCCGGCAGGUCAAGCUGGUGAAUAUCAGGAAUGAUGAUAUUGCCGACGGAAACCCAAAGCUGACAUUGGGUCUCAUAUGGACCAUCAUCCUUCACUUCCAGAUUUCAGAUAUCCAGGUGAACGGUCAGUCAGAUGAUAUGUCAGCGAAGGAAAAGCUGCUCCUCUGGUCUCAGCGUAUGGUGGAGGGUUAUCACGGUAUCCGCUGCGAUAACUUCACCACUAGCUGGAGGGACGGAAAACUUUUCAACGCGGUUAUACACAAACAUGAGCCCAGGCUUAUCGACAUGUCGAAAGUAUACCACCUAUCCAACCUGGAGAACCUGGAACAGGCAUUUUCAGUGGCAGAGCAAAAACUUGGGGUCACACGACUGCUUGACCCAGAAGAUGUGGAUGUGCCUCAUCCUGAUGAGAAGUCCAUAAUCACCUACGUCUCCUCCCUGUACGACGCUAUGCCACGAGUUCCAGACGUCCAGGACGGCGGCAAAGCCAAAGAGCUGGAGCUGCGCUGGACCGAAUACUAUGAGCUGAUCACCGUUCUGUACCAAUGGAUCAGACAUCACAUUACCAUCUUUGAGGAGAGGAAGUUUCCCAGCAGCUAUGAGGAGAUUGAGAUUCUAUGGCGUCAGUUUCUGAAAUAUAAAGAAACCGAGCUGCCCGCCAGAGAGUCAGACAAGAGCCGCUCCAAACACCUCUACCAGUCCUUUGAGAGUGCGGUUCAUGCUGGUCAGGUUAAGGUCCCUCCUGGUUAUCACCCCAUUGAUGUUGAGAAGGAAUGGGGGCGUCUUCAUGUGGCCAUCCUGGAGAGAGAGAGACUGCUCAGAAUCGAGUUUGAGAGGUUAGAACGUCUCCAACAGAUUGUCAGUAAAGUGCAGAUGGAAUCAGGCAUGUGUGAGGAACAAAUCAACCAGACUGAGUCUCUACUGCAGACGGAUAUUCGUCUCCUGAAUGCGGGGAAACCAGCGAAGCACACAGUAGAGGUGGAGAGAGAUCUGGACAAAGCCGAUGGCAUGAUCCGUCUCCUCUUUAAUGACGUUCAGCUUCUCAAAGAUGGGCGCCACCUGCAGGCGGAGCAGAUGUAUCGCAGGGUCUACCGCUUACACGAGCGCUUGGUGAACUUGCGCAGUGACUACAAUCUAAGGCUCAAGUCCAGCGUCAGUACUACUUCUCACGUCUCCAUGACCCAAGUCUCCCAGAGGUCUACGCAACGCGUGCGACCCGAGCUGGAUGAGGUCACUCUCCGCUACGCACAGGACCUGUUAGCCUGGGUGGAGGAGAACCAGCGCAGGAUCGAUUCCUCCGAGUGGGGCAAUGAUCUUCCGUCUGUGGAGUCUCAGCUGGGCAGCCACAGAGGUCUUCACCAAACCAUCGAGGACUUCAAGGCUAAGAUUGAGAGAGCUCGAGCAGAUGAGAACCAACUCUCGCCUGCUAGUAAAGGCACAUACAGAGAAUAUCUGGGCAAACUGGAUCUGCAGUACAACAAACUGCUGAACUCCUCCAAGUCCCGUAUGAGAAAUCUUGACCAUCUAUAUAACUUUGUCAGUGCCGCCACCAAGGAACUGAUGUGGCUUAAUGACAAAGAGGAAGAGGAGAUCAAUUACGACUGGAGUGAACACAACACCAACAUGGGUGCAAAGAAAGAGAAUUACUCAGGACUCAUGCGUGAACUGGAACUUAGGGAGAAGAAGGUCAAUGACAUCAAGGCCACUGGAGACAGACUCAUUAAAGACGGCCAUCCAGGCAAGAAGACUGUUGAGGCCUUCACCGCAGGUCUGCAGACCCAGUGGAGCUGGAUCCUUCAAGUGUGCUGUUGCAUUGAAACUCAUCUCAGAGAGAACACUGCAUACUUUCAGUUCUUUGCUGAUGUAAGAGAUGCUGAGGAGAGGAUGAAGAAGAUGCAGGAGACCAUGAAGAAGAAGUACAUGUGUGAUCGCACCGUCACUUCCACUCGUUUGGAGGAUUUACUCCAAGAUGCUGUUGAGGAAAGAGAGCAGCUGAACGAGUUUAAGACUGACAUCGCCGGCCUGAACAAGAGAGCCAAAUCAGUGAUCCAGCUGAAGCCACGGGACCCCACCACCUCCGUCAGAGGAAAACUGCCCAUCCAGGCCGUGUGUGACUUCAAACAGAUGGAGAUCACGAUGCACAAGGGCGACGAGUGCGCGCUCAUCAAUAACUCCCAGCCCUUCCAGUGGAAGAUCCUGCACCGCUCGGGCAACGAAGCCGUCGUGCCGUCUGUCUGCUUCCUCGUGCCGCCCGUCAACAAGGACGCUGUCGAUAGUGUCUCCAGUCUGGAGUCUGGUCACCAGCAGACACUGGUUCUCUGGCAGAAACUACACGUUGACCUCAGGAGUCUGCUGUCCUGGCAAUACCUGAUGAAAGACAUCCAUCUCAUCCGCUCAUGGAACAUCACUAUGUUCAAGACGAUGAAGUCAGACGAGUACCAGCUGAUUUUGAGGAACCUUCAGCUGCACUAUCAGGACUUUCUCAAAGACAGCCAGGACUCAAAGAUGUUCGAUUCAAAUGACAACAUGCAGAUCGAAAGGGACUAUAAGGAGACCACGCAGCAUUUCGACAAACUGCUCCGCACCCUGGAGAAAGGAGCAGCUGUCAGAGCACAGGGUGAGCAGGAUGAAUCCACAAGCAAGUCGUACAUCACCCAAAUCAAAAACCUGCGCUUGCAGAUCGAAGAUUGUGAGUCUCGCACAGUGGCUCGUAUCCGCCAACCUGCGGGUAAAGAUCCGCUCAAAGACUGCGUUCAGAAGACUGCAGAACAGAAGAAAGUGCAUGUGGAGUUGGAAGGCAUUAAGACAAACCUGGAUAAAGUGUCCCAGAAAGCCGAGGAGGUCCUGGCGUCCCCGGAGCAGUCCAGCUCCCCCGUCCUGCGCUCAGAGCUGGACAUCACCCUGCAGAAGAUGGACCAAACCUACAACCUGUCCUCAGUGUACCUGCAGAAACUUAAGACGAUAGAAGUUGUGAUCCGGAACACACAAGGGGCAGAAAAUGUCGUGAAGAUAUAUGAGAAUCGCCUGCGCGAGGUUCACACGGUUCCUACUAACGUCCAGGAGGUGGAGAACUACUGUUCCGAGCUCAAGAAAAUGCGUGUGGAGGCAGAAACCCAGCGGCCCGUGUUUGAUGAUAUGGAGGGUGAGCUGGCCAAGGCCACAUCGGUCAGCCAGAACAUGUCUCGGAUUCACACCGAACGGGACGCUGAGCUGGACCACUACAGACAGCUCCUGGGCAGCCUUCAGGACCGCUGGCGCGCCGUCUUCGCCCAGAUCGACCUGCGGCAUCGCGAGCUGGAACAGCUCGGCCGGCAGCAGGGCUACUACAGGGAGAGCUACGACUGGCUCAUCCGCUGGAUCGCAGACGCCAAACAGCGGCAGGAGAAGAUCCAGGCCGUGCCGAUUACUGACAGCAAGACACUAAAAGAGCAACUGGCACAGGAGAAGAAACUGCUUGAAGAGAUUGAGAAAAACAAAGAGAAAGUUGAUGAGUGUCAGAAAUAUGCCAAAGCUUACAUUGAUACAAUCAAGGAUUAUGAACUACAAUUGGUUGCCUACAAAGCUCAGGUAGAACCUCUGACUUCUCCUUUGAAGAAAACCAAGAUGGAGUCAGCCUCUGAUAACAUAAUUCAAGAGUAUGUAACUCUGAGAACUCGCUAUAGUGAACUGAUGACGCUGACCAGUCAGUACAUCAAGUUCAUCACAGACUCGCAGCGGCGCUUGGAGGACGAGGAGAAAGCUGCUGAGAAACUUAAAGCAGAAGAGAGGAAAAAAAUGGCUGAGAUGCAGGCAGAGUUAGAGAAACAGAAGCAGCUAGCUGAAGCUCAUGCCAAGGCCAUUGCCAAAGCGGAGAAAGAGGCACAGGAGCUCAAGCUCAUGAUGCAAGAGGAGGUUAGCAAACGAGAGAUUGUUGCUGUGGAUGCUGAAAGGCAAAAGCAGAACAUCCAGCUGGAGCUGCAUGAGCUCAAAAACCUCUCCGAACAACAGAUCAAAUCAAAAAGUCAACAAGUGGAGGAGGCUCUGCAAAGCCGGUCCAAAAUAGAGCAAGAGAUCCACAUCAUAAGACUUCAGUUGGAAACUACAGUAAAGCAGAAGUCCACUGCAGAGGACGAGGUGAGGCAGCUUAGAGACAAGGCUGCAGAGGCGGAGAGACUUCGCAAAGUUGCUCAGGAGGAGGCUGAGAAACUUCGUAAGCAAGUUAAUGAGGAGACCCAGAAGAAGCGGAUGGCGGAGGAAGAGUUGAAGCUUAAGUCUGAAGCAGAGAAAGAGGCUGCCAGGCAGAAGCAGAAAGCCCUGGAUGACCUUGAGAAGUUCAAGAUGCAGGCUGAGGAGGCAGAGAGACACAUGAAGCAGGCUGAGAUUGAGAAAGAACGACAAAUCAAGGUCGCUCAAGAGGUAGCUCAGAAAAGUGCCACUGCUGAGCUGCAGAGUAAGCGCAUGUCCUUUGUCGAGAAGACAUCCAAACUCGAGGAGUCACUCCGAGAAAAGCACGGAACUGUCAUUCAACUGCAGGAGGAGGCAGAACGCCUCAAAAAGCAACAGGAAGAGGCAGACAAGGGAAGGGAAGAGGCUGAGUGCGAGCUUGAAAAAUGGAGGCAAAAAGCCAAUGAAGCCCUUCGUCUAAGGCUCCAGGCAGAGGAAGAGGCCCACAAAAAGAGUCUUGCACAGGAAGAGGCCGAAAAACAGAAAGAUGAUGCUGAGCGCGAGGCCAAAAAACGGGCCAAAGCUGAAGAGUCUGCCCUGAAACAGAAAGACAUGGCUGAGCAAGAACUUGAGCGGCAGAGGAAGAUGGCAGAGAGCACAGCACAACAGAAGCUUUCAGCAGAGCAUGAGCUGAUCCGCUUGAAAGCUGAUUUUGAUCAUGCCGAGCAACAGAGAUCUCUGCUUGAUGAUGAACUGUACCGUCUUAAGAAUGAGGUCAGUGCUGCAGAGCAGCAGCGGAAGCAGCUUGAAGAUGAGCUUUCCAAAGUUCGAAGUGAAAUGGACAUUCUUUUGCUGCUGAAAUCUAAGGCUGAAAAGGAUAGCAUGUCUACCACUGAAAAGAGUAAACAACUCUUGGAAGCUGAAGCUGCUAAACUGAGGGAUCUUGCAGAUGAAGCAGCCAAGCUCCGUGCCAUUGCUGAAGAGGCAAAGAGGCAGAGGCAAGUGGCUGAGGAGGAAGCUGCAAGGCAGAGAGCAGAAGCAGAGAGAAUUCUCAAAGAAAAACUCACUGCCAUUAAUGAGGCCACUCGCUUGAAGACUGAAGCAGAGAUAGCUCUUAAAGAAAAGGAGGCUGAAAAUGAACGCUUGAGAAGGAAUGCUGAGGUUGAGGCUUACCAGAGAAAGGCUCUUGAAGAUCAGGCAAGCCAGCACAAGCAAGACAUUGAGCAGAAGAUCGACCAGCUCAAGAAAUCCUCUGAAAUGGAAUUAGAAAGACAAAAAUCAAUUGUGGAUGACACUCUUAAACAGAAAAGAAUAGUUGAAGAGGAGAUACGUAUCUUGAAACUUAAUUUUGAGAAGGCUUCAUCUGGCAAGCUUGAUUUGGAGCUUGAACUGAAUAAGCUGAAGAAUAUUGCUGAGGAAACACACCAAAGCAAACUACGAGCUGAGGAGGAAGCCGAGAAGCUACGUAAGCUUGCCCUUGAAGAAGAAAACAGAAGAAGGGAGGCUGAAGAAAAACUGAAAAAGAUUACUGCCGCAGAACAGGAGGCAGGUCGACAGCGCCAAGUUGCCCAAGAAGAAGUGGAGCGUCUCAAAAAGAAAGCAGAUGAGGCCAGAAAGCAGAGGGAAGAUGCUGAUAAAGAAGCUGAGAGGCAAAUACAUGCUGCCAACGAGGCUGCUGAGAAAGCAAUUACAGCUGAACAGCAAGUUCAAAGCGUUCUUGUUCAACAGAAAGAGGACAGCAUGGUACAUAAAAGGCUCAAGGAGGAGUUUGAGAAAGCUAAAAAGCUUGCCCAAGAAGCAGAAAAGGCCAAACAAAAGGCAGAGAAAGAGGCUGCCCUCCUCCGCCAUCAAGCUGAAGAUGCAGAGCGUCAGCGUCAGGCUGCCGAGGUUGAGGCAAACAAUCAGGCCAAAGCCCAAGAAGAGGCUGAGAGGCUCAGAAAAGAGGCAGAGCUAGAGGCAGAAAAGCGAGCCCAGGCUGAGACAGCAGCGCUGAAACAAAAACAGCUAGCUGAUGAAGAGAUGGCUAGGCACAAGAAACAUGCAGAGCAGACACUUAAGCAGAAAUCUCAGGUUGAGCAAGAGCUCACUAAAGUGAAACUGCGGUUGGAUGAGACAGACAAACAAAAGACUCUCCUGGAUGAUGAGCUUCAUCGCCUGAAGGACGAGGUUGGUGACGCUGUUAAACAGAAAGCCCAGGUAGAGGAGGAACUGUUCAAAGUCAAGAUUCAAAUGGAAGAGCUAAUCAAACUUAAGCUCAGAAUUGAAGAGGAGAAUCAGCGUCUCAUCCAGAAGGACAAAGAUAAUACUCAAACAUUCUUGGCUGAGGAGGCUGAGAACAUGAAAAAACUUGCUGAGGAGGCUGCCAGGCUCAGCAUUGAGUCCCAGGAGGCUGCUCGCAUGAGACAUAUUGCAGAGACUGACCUUGCAGAGCAAAGAGCACUUGCUGAAAAAAUGCUUAAGGAAAAGAUGCAAGCCAUUCAGGAGGCGUCUAAACUUAGAGCUGAGGCAGAAAUGCUACAGAGACAGAAAGACCUUGCUCAAGAGCAAGCCCAAAAGCUGCUUGAAGACAAACAAAUGAUGCAGCAACGGCUUGAGGAGGAAACUGAGGGCUUCCAAAAAUCAUUGGAGGCUGAACGCAGGAGACAGUUGGAGAUUACAGCUGAGGCAGAGAAACUUAGACUUCAAGUUUCACAGCUCAGUGAUGCACAGACUAGAGCUGAGAAGGAAGCCAAGAAAUUCAAGAUGCAGGCAGAUGAGAUUAGUGCCCGACUUCAUGAGACCGAGCUUUCCACCAAAGAGAAAUUGACUGUUGUUGAAAAAUUGGAAAUACAGAGAUUGAGCAGUAACAAAGAAGCAGAUGACUUGCGCAAAGCCAUUGCUGAUCUUGAGAAUGAGAAGGCAAAAUUGAAAAAAGAGGCUGAAGAGUUACAGAAAAAGUCCAAAGAGAUGGCGAAUGCUCAGCAAGAACAAAUUAAACAGGAGAAAACUAUUCUUCAGCAGACAUUUAUGUCAGAAAAGGAGAUGCUUUUGAAGAAGGAAAAACAAAUUGAGGAUGAAAAGAAGAGGUUAGAGAGCCAAUUUGAAGAAGAGGUCAAAAAGUCACAAGCCCUGAAAGAUGAACAGGAACGUCAAAGAAAACAAAUGGAGGAUGAAAAGAUGAAACUUAAGGCCACUAUGGAUUCUGCUCUGAUGAAACAGAAAGCAGCUGAAAAAGAGAUGCUCAACAAGCAGAAAGAGAUGCAAGAACUUGAGAGGAAAAAGCUUGAACAAGAAAGAAUGCUUGCUGAGGAAAACCAGCAACUGCGCGAGAAACUUCAGCAGCUUGAGGUUGCUCAGAAACUCACCCAGGACAUUCACAUCCAGACCGAAUACAAAAAAGUCCUCAAUGGUCAAAGUAUUUCUGAUGAAGCUGACGGCCCAAAUGGUUUCUCUGCAUUAUCAUUCGAUGGCAUCCGUGAGAAAGUACCUGCAAGUAGACUUUUUGACAUAGGACUUUUAAGCAAAAUGGAUUAUGAUAAGCUCCAGAGUGGUGACACCACAAGCCAAGAACUCAGCAAGACAGAAAAACUUAAAACAGUUCUUAAGGGCAAGAACUGCAUUGGUGGCCUCCUUGUUCAUCCAAAUAAAAAAAUGCCCAUCUAUCAAGCCAUCAAGGAGAAGAAGAUUGCUCCUGGGACAGGGCUAGUCCUGCUGGAGGCACAGGCCGCUUCUGGAUACAUAAUUGACCCAAUUAAAAACAAGAAACUCUCUGUCAAUGAGGCAGUUAAAGAGGGUCUAAUUGGACCUGAACUUCAUAACAAGAUGCUGUCUGCAGAGAGAGCUGUCACUGGUUACAAGGAUCCAUACACAGAGGCAAAGAUCUCCCUCUUUGAAGCUAUGAAGAAGGGUCUCAUUGGGGAGGAUCAUGCCAUCAGAUUGCUUGAGGCUCAGAUAGCAACAGGUGGCAUUAUUGAUCCAGUCAACAGUCAUCGUGUGCCAACUGAACUGGCCUAUAAGCAGGGUCAGUUCGAUGCAGCCACCAAUAAAAUUCUACAAAAUCCAACAGAUGAUGUCAAGGGAUUCUAUGAUCCAAACACCCAAGAAAAUCUGACCUACCACCAGCUAAUAGUAAGGUGUGUCACUGAUCCAGAAACAGGACUGCUUCUUUUGCCCAUCUCUGAGGAGGCUGCUCUAAAUGCCAGAAUAUUCACAGAUGAAGAAACAAGGGAUGUCUUUGACAAGACAACUGUGUCUGUGCCAUUUGGAAGGUUUAAAGGAAAGACUGUGACCAUCUGGGAAAUUAUAAACUCAGAGUACUUCACCGAGGAUCAGAAAAAAGAUCUUAUCCGUCAAUACAAAACUGGAAAAAUUACAGUUGAAAAGAUCAUCAAAAUUGUUCUAACUGUGGCAGAGGAAAAAGAGAAAAAGAAUGAGCUUGCCUUCGAAGGCCUGAGAGCACCUGUACCUGCUACAAAACUUCUUGAAUCCAAGGUUAUUGACAAAGACCUCUAUAACAAAUUGCAGAAAGGACAACUGCUGGUAAAAGAUGUGUCUGAGAUGGAGCAUGUGCGCAAUGCUUUGAAAGGCACUAACUGCAUUGCAGGAGUAAUUAUUGACUCAACCAAACAAACAAUGUCCUUAUAUGAUGCGAUGAAAAGAGACAUGAUGAGACCUGGGCCUGCUCUUAAUCUCUUGGAAGCACAAGCUGCUACAGGAUAUGUCGUAGAUCCUAUUAAAAACCAAAAACUUACAGUAGAUGAGGCUGUAAAAGCAGGUGUUGUCGGUCCAGAGCUUCAUGAAAAACUACUGUCUGCAGAGAGAGCUGUCACAGGCUUCAAAGAUCCUUACACUGGAAAAACAAUUUCUCUGUUUGAGGCUAUGAAGAAAGAUCUGAUCAUGAAGGACCAGGGAUUUCGGCUGCUUGACGCACAACUGGCUACUGGAGGCAUCGUUGAUCCUGUUCAAAGUCACCGUAUUCCGCAUGACAUUGCCUGCAUGAAGGGCAGUUUUGAUGAUGCAACCCACAAGAUUUUGACCAGCCCAACUGAUGACGUUAAAGGAUAUUUUGACCCAAACACUCAGGAAUAUGUCACUUAUCUGCAGCUUUAUAAAAGAUGUGUCACUGACAAAAAGACUGGCCUUCAGCUUCUUCCUUUGUCUGAGCAAGCCAUCAAUGCCAAGGAGGAGUUGAAAUAUACUGAUGACCAGACCAAAGACUCAAUGACUCAGGCAACUGUUGAAGUUCAGAGUGGACAUUUAAAAGGGAGAAAAGUUACCAUAUGGGAGCUCAUUAACUCGGAUUAUCUCACUGAGGAGCAAAGACUUGACUUAAUAAGGCAAUACAGAUCUGGGAAAAUGACAAUUGAGAAAAUUACAAAGAUUUUAAUUGUAAUUGUCACUGAGAAAGAUGCCAAGAAACAAGAAGAGGGCUACUUUAAGGGACUAAGGGCACCAGUUCCUGCCAAGUCAUUAUUUGACUCCAAAAUCAUUGACAAGUCUACCUAUGAUUUGCUGGAACAAGGUAAAAAGACUCCAAAAGAGGUCAGCAAAAACACUUCAGUCAACAAGUAUCUCCAAGGCUCUGAGAGCAUUGCUGGAGUUUACCUUGAGCCUACAAAAGAGAAAGUCAGCAUCUACCAAGCAAUGAGAAAGAAAUUCCUCAGACAAAAAACAGGUAUCGCUUUGCUUGAAGCUCAAGCUGCUACAGGAUUCAUUGUGGAUCCAUCAAGAAAUGAAUGUCUUACUGUGGAUGAUGCAGUUAAAGCAGGCCUUGUUGGUCCGGAGCUUCAUGAGAAACUUCUCUCUGCUGAAAAAGCUGUCACUGGAUAUAAAGACCCAUUCACUGGCAAUAAAAUCUCCCUGUAUCAAGCCAUGGAGAAAGAUCUUAUCCUCAAAGAACAUGCCAUGCCACUCUUGGAGGCACAGUUGGCCGCAGGUGGAGUUAUUGAUCCAGUAAACAGUCAUCGUAUUCCUGUUGAAAUUGCUAUUCACCGUGGCUAUGUUACCCAACAGCUGGCCAGCAGCAUUGCUGAAAGCAAGUACUUCUCUGACCCUGCAUCUGAUGAGAACAUAUCAUACAAACAGUUAAAAGACAAGUGUAUGGCAGAUCCUGACACAGGUUUAAAUCUACUAAAGCUCUCCAAACCACAGGCCCCAACAGUUGUGGAGAAGACAUACCUUUACAGUGAAGAACAAACUCAGAGUGAUCUAACCACUACCCAGGUUGAUCUACCCAUUGAAGGUCAGGGCUCAAUGUCUCUCUGGGAUGUCAUGAAUUCAAAUCUACUACCUGAGGAGCAAAGGUCUCAGCUUCUGGAAGAAUAUCGUUCUGGCAACAUAACAAAGGAACGGAUGAUAAUCAUUAUAAUUGAGAUUCUGGAGCAGAGAGAAAUAAUUAAAGGGGGGAACAUCCAAACAGGCAGCACAAGAAGACGUCAAAUUACUAUUGAAGAUCUCUACAAUGCCCGCAUCAUUGACCUUGAGACCUACAACCUGUUGAAGAAAGAGAAAAAGACUAUGCGUGAUGUCAUGGAGAUGCAAAGUGUUAAGCAGUACUUGUAUGGAACUGGUAGCGUUUCUGGUGUGGUGACUGAUUCAAAUGCCAAAAUCAGCAUUUAUCAAGCAAUGAAGAGAGAGAUGAUUAAGCCAGACAUUGCAAUUGGUCUCUUGGAGGCUCAAGCAGCCACUGGAUUCAUCAUUGAUCCUGUUAGGAAUGAAAUGCUCACUGUAGAUGAAGCAGUCCGCAAAGGUGUAGUGGGCCCAGAAAUUCAUGAUAAGCUCUUGUCUGCAGAGAGAGCAGUAACUGGUUAUAAGGAUCCAUAUAGUGGAAAGGUUGUCUCCCUCUUCCAAGCAAUGAAAAAGGACCUUGUGUCCGAGGACUAUGCCCUAAGGCUACUUGAAGCUCAAACAGCAACAGGUGGUAUUAUUGAUCCAGAAUAUAACUUCCACCUGCCAACAGAGAUUGCCACACAACGUGGAUAUAUUAACAAAGAGACUUAUGAAAAGCUGUCCGAUGAGGUUAAAGGAUACGUUGAUCCAUUGACUGAUGAAAAGCUUUCAUAUGCUCAGCUUUUGAAAAGAUGCAAGGUUGACAAAGAUGGGCUAUAUCUGUUGUCUCUAGCAGACAGAAGGCUGCUCUUCAAAGGUCUCAGAAAAGAAAUAACAAUAGAGGAGUUAUAUCGCUCAAAAAUCAUUGAUGAACAAACAGUCAGCGAACUUAAUGAAGGGCUACUAACAGUGGAUGAGGUGAGCAAUAGAUUGCGGAAAUAUCUUCAGGGCUCAAGCUGUAUUGCUGGCGUGCAUGUGGAGUCUACUAAAGACCGUCUAUCUAUCUACCAAGCCAUGAAAAAGAACAUGAUCAGGCCAGGUACUGCUUUUGAGUUGCUGGAAGCACAAGCAGCCACAGGUUAUAUCAUUGACCCUAUCAAGAACCUCAAGUUAACAGUAAAUGAAUCAAUUAAGAUGGGAAUUGUCGGCCCAGAGUUCAAAGACAAGCUCCUGUCUGCUGAGAGGGCUGUGACUGGCUAUAGAGAUCCUUAUACAGGCAAAAUGAUCUCACUGUUCCAGGCAAUGAAAAAGGGCCUGAUUUUGAGAGACCAUGGAAUUCGUCUUCUUGAAGCCCAGAUUGCUACUGGAGGUAUUAUUGACCCAGAGCAGAGUCACCGCUUGCCAGUCGAAGUUGCCUACAACCGAGGGUUUUUCGAUGAGGAAAUGAACGAGAUCCUCAGUGACCCAACGGAUGACACCAAGGGCUUCUUUGACCCGAACACAGAAGAGAAUCUGACCUACCUGCAGCUGAUGGAAAGAUGUAUUGUAGACCCAGACACAGGUCUUGUGCUCUUGCUUCUUAAAGAAAAGAAACGCGAGAAACCGUCUUCUACCAAAUCCUCCGUUCGCAAACGCAGAGUUGUCAUUGUGGAUCCCGAUUCAGGCAAAGAGAUGUCUGUGUAUGAAGCCUACCGCAAAGGGCUAAUUGACCAUCAGACUUACCUUGAACUUUCAGAGCAAGAGUGUGAAUGGGAAGAAAUCACAAUGACAUCAUCAGAAGGGGUUGAAAAGUCUAUACUCAUUGACCGAAGAUCAGGUCGACAGUAUGACAUUGAGGACGCUAUUGCAAGAGGCCUCAUUGACCAGAGUGCAAUCGACCAGUACCGCUCCGGCACCCUUUCUAUCACAGAAUUUGCUGAUAUGUUAUCUGGAAACAUGAGUGGUUUUCGUUCCCGUUCCUCUUCCUUUGGAUCCACCUCCUCUUAUCCAAUGAGCCCCGUACCUACCAUCAAAACUCCUGCAACUGUAUGGAAUGAUCCAUCUGAGGAGACAGGUCCUGUGGCUGGAAUACUUGAUACAGAUAGCCUAGAAAAAGUUUCAGUCACUGAAGCCAUGCGCAGGAACUUAGUGGAUUCUAUAACUGGCCAGAGACUGUUGGAGGCACAAGCUUGUACUGGUGGCAUAAUAGACCCAUCUACAGGAGACAAAUUCCCAGUUGCUGAGGCGACAGAGAAGGGUCUUAUAGAUAAGAUAAUGGUCGACAGACUCAACUUAGCCCAGAAAGCUUUCCAUGGAUUUGACGAUCCUCGCACUAAAGUCAAAAUGUCUGCUGCUCAGGCUCUCAAGAAAGGCUGGCUUUAUUAUGAGGCAGGACAGCGUUUCCUGGAGGUGCAGUAUCUUACCGGUGGCCUUAUUGAGCCAGAGGCUGAGGCACGUAUCUCCUUAGAGGAGGCAAUCAGGAAAGGUUCUAUUGAUGGUCGUACAGCCCAAAAGCUCAGAGAUGUGAGUGGUUACACAAAAUAUCUUACAUGUCCCAAAACCAAACUGAAGAUCUCCUACAAAGAUGCCAUGGACAGAAGCAUGGUUGAAGAGGGAUCUGGCCUUAGGCUUCUGGAAGCUUCAUCAACAUCCAGUAAAGGCCUCUACAGUCCCUACAAUGUCAGUGGUGCUGCAUCUGCCUCUGGAUCUCGGACUGGGUCCAGAACAGGCUCUAGGUCAGGUUCAAGAAGAGGCAGCAUUGAUGCUACUGGCUCUGGAUUCAGCUUGAACUUCUCAUCAUCAUCAUAUACUUCCUCCAAUUACAACCGCAGAUUUUAAAGCUGGACCCCACGUGGUCCUGCAGCUUUCAUAUCAAUGCUGACUCUAUACACUACAGUUACAUAAUACACAGAAAUUAAUUAGACAAAAAAGAAUGACUUUUUUCCGCUUUGCAUGUGUUUGGAAUAGGAAAAUGCAUUCCAAAAACUACCAGUAUCAUUUUUUUUUCUGGCAAUGGUUAAGUUUCCAUUUUAUGUAGUUUGGAUGCUUACGAACUAUUAAUUACCUGGUUAGCUUUAUUCAUAGUUCAAGUUAUUUCAUUUAGGUCUAUUUCAGUUUAUACAGAUAUCUUAUGUAUUUUGAAAGCGGUAUUUUUAUUUUCUUAUUUUAUACUUAAAUACAGCAUCUAAAUUCAGGAGAUGUUAACAUACUGCAAGAUACUUUCAGCAUUUUGGAGAUUUAAAAAAAAAUCCAACUCAGAUUAGACCGUAUUUAAUAUUGCUUACAUUGAGUCUAUUUCUACUUAUUAUUUUAGAAAAUUCUUUUAAUACUUCGGUUUAUGGAUAAUGUACCAGAAAAUAUACCAAGUUUUACAAAAAAGAAAUUAGAUUAACAAAGAGUGUGGUUAUUUUUACAUAUUUGUAUAGAUUUAAAAGAGAUAUAUGAGAGCAAAUAAAAGUUGCAGCUUGUUUCAUGGAAUGUAAAAACAAAACACUAUACCUAUGCAUAAACACUAAAGGAGGAGCAAUCAACUUGUGCAAAAGGCAAUAUUUAUGUCCCCUAAAACUGGAGCUUUCUGUUAUGAAAGCCUAUUUUUCAUUUACUGGAUCCAGUCCCUCUCCAAAGUCCUUUGCAAAAGAACUCAUUACUCCUGACUGACAGUUAAUGAGUCCUCAAGGCCCAGAUUCAUGUCAGUCCUCCACUGAUGUGUUAUCCAAUGAAGAUUUCAGAUGUCUCAGGUGUCUGAUCCAUUCCUCACUCAUAACAUCUGGACAGAUCUGGAUGAAAUGUAUUAGAUCAUCAGUUACUAGAUAUGGACUUGAUGAUGCCACACAUUUGGUCUUGGAUCACAAGAUAAAUGAUGCUCAUCAGCAGCCCACAUCCUUAGACAUCCAGAUCCUUACUGAGGGUUUCCUUCUUCCAUUGCAUCCGCCAUUUGCAUGAAGACACUAGAGGCUAGGGCUACCUUGAAGUUUGCCUUGGAUAUCACUGGGAGCUGGACUUUGGAGUUUACACAAAAUAGUUCAAAACAACAAAAGAGUUGGAUCCAUUAAUGUGGACUUUUUAUGUAGAAUCUCUUAAGUUCUACUGCCUACAUUGUUUCUAGCCCCAAAAUAUAUACACUACACAUACUCUUGUGUUGCACUUCUCCAGAAGAUUACACAUUUACAUAAUACAGAUAAAUACAGAUUGCAUGAUUGACUGAAUGUAUUUAGGCUCAUUUGUUUUCGUUUUUUACAUUUCCUGUGACAAACAUUGUUUUAGUCACUUGUUGCCUCCCAUGUAUUUCUUUGCUUGUUUUUAUAUUAUUAUACUGUUGUGACUUUUGAAAGUACUUGACUUUUUUUCUUUCUUUCUUUCUUUCCUUUUUUGAUGUUGUAUAUGUAAAAUAUGUUUGCAUGUUUCACUAACUUGCUAUAAAGUGUUCUGAAAAGAUGAAGAAUAGAAUUUUGAAUUAUUACCAAUAUAUGGAAGAUUAUAUAUGAGUAAAAGAUGUAUGAAAUACUAACUGGUGGAUGAACUAUUUCCUUAAGAGAUACUGGUAAUAAUAAAAUGAGUUUUUAAAAAUAACACAAUACUUAAGUGUAAAUAAAUAUAUAUUUGGAAAGAUCA